AUGGCCGCCUCGCAUGAAAUGUCUGAGCCGAACUCAUCCGACGGACCCUCGGUCAAGAAAAUGAAGAUCACAACGUCCCCGAAGUCCCCAGUAACCUGGCUGCAAGAUCUUUGGGCGACACUUAAGGGAGUCACGUCGCACCUCAUUAACGUACACAGGGAUGCCAGGAUGAUUAAUGACCGCGCGUCGGACGAUGUUCUGCGGGCCGCAAUGGAGCGGAUUCUCGAGCACAACAACGAGGCGUUUGAGUGUCUAAAUUCGUUGCUUAGCAUGGAUGGGGAACUGCUUAAUGCGCCCAAUUUUAGCGCUCCCACUGCAUCUACAUCCGACGCCUCCACGGACAUGAUCCUGACCCCGGGCUAUUGGGAUAGUGACGCGGUCAUCGAGUGA